AUGGACACAGAGACAUCCUACAGUCACAAUGACGAACCGAGAUCUAUCGAGACCCUUGAUGCCUUCCCCGCAAAAAGGAACCUUCCUGACCUACCACCUUGUAGAAAGUCCAAUAAACGAAUCACGUGGAUAGAAAAAUACCCCAAAGGUUUGUGGACACCCGGCAACAUCUGGACGUCCCUUGUCUGCAAGACCGAAGACGUCAUCACUUCGCGCUGGACACUCAACUGUCUCAGAGACACAAACGUCUGGAUAUUCGGGGAUUCCAACGCCAGACUCGCCUAUUUCACCCUGAACUAUCUAACACAGUGUAUCAAAAGUGAAGGCGGGUGGCCGCUGAAAGGACGGUGCUACGUUCCUGAAUACAACAUCACCAUCAAUCUCAUUCCACACGAGCCACCGAGGUAUUCGCUAUUUAGGCGUUCAGACAACUUCACGGGAGUUCCUGAUUUUAUACAGACUCUACCCGCUAACGAGAAACAUGUUCUAAUCAUCCAUUACUAUCUCCACUUUACCCCAGCUCAUCUCAGCGUGUUGUCGUUACGCAUGCGCAAACUACGGACUGCAUUGGAAGUAUUGUUUGCGAAGAACCCGAAUAUUCUUGUUGGGUUGAGAGGACCCCAUAUAGUUUCCUUGUAUUACCCAAACCACGCCGUAGGGGGUGAUCCCUUAGGACCCCAGUUCUUGGAGCUGAUAAGGAAACGGUUGAGGGGUUUGGAGGACAAGGUCGUGUUUUUAGACCUGUGGGAGAUGUCUAUUGGUAUAGAGAACUUGGACUAUCAUCCUCCACAAUACUUGAGCCGUGAGAUGAUCAAAUUCUUUCUAUCGUUCCAGUGCUAA